AUGGCCACUUCACCGAAUUUCACAAACUCAACCAAAGCACAGUAUACAUCUGAUCCCAUAACUCAAUACAUAUGCGAUCAUUCCUUACGUUUGACACCAGAACAAACGGAAUUAAUUGAAUAUACUAAAACACUUCCAGGUAGAAUUCCAUUUAUGCUUGGUAGUAUUCAUGAAGCACAAUUUUUUCAAGUAUUAUUGAGAUUAAUGAAUUGUAAACGAUGUAUUGAAGUUGGUACUUUAACUGGCUGCACAACUCUGACAAUUGCUUUAGCAUUACCCGAUGAUGGUCAAAUCGUGACAUUAGAUGUUGAUGACCAAUAUAUAAGAAAGGAUUUAUGGAAACGUGCUGGUGUUGAUAAAAAAGUUCAAGUUCGAAUAAAACCGGCUCUUGAAUCAUUACAAGAGCUAUUAAAUGAAGAAUAUGGUGAAAAUAGUUUUGACUUUAUUUUUAUUGAUGCCGACAAAGAAAGUUAUAUGAAAUAUUAUGAGAUUAGUUUAAAAUUAAUUCGUCCAAAUGGUUUAAUUGCUGUUGAUAAUACGUUAUACCAGGGUAAAAUACUCGAUCCAAAUAAUAACGAAGAAUCAACAAAGGUUAUGCGUCAAUUUAAUGAACAUAUUAAAAAUGAUCAACGUAUCGAUGUUAGUUUUUUACGCUUGGGUGAUGGUACGACGCUUUGUCGAAAAAAAUAG